AUGUCGUUCGAAGGCAGCACCCCUGCUAUUAGUACAACAGCGGCUGGUAGUAACGCGGUUUUUAGAAACGCUAUUACCGCGUUUCUCGCUGCUGUCGCCGCAUUACUGUGCUACCUUAUCUACGUCAUUUUAAUCAAGCCGCUGCGCUUCCGUCGGCAUUUCUCGAAGCAAGGCAUUCCGUUUCUUCCAUUCAGGCCUCUGGUUGGGCAGCUUCCAGAUUUCGCCAACCGCGAGCCUAAGCCCAUACCUGCGUCCGAGCCUGCGCCUCUAGGUCCGGCAAGCCUCGGACCGCUGCUGUGGAAGUGGAGGUGCGAGCUGGGGAUGGUCUUCGGCCUGUCCUUCGGCGCCUUCCAGCCCAUCUUCAUUGCCGAACCUGACCUCUUGCACCAGAUCAUGGUGUCAAAGAGCUCGUCGUUCCAGAAGGAUCAGAACUCGCGGCGCACGGUGGACUUCCUGGCGAACGGGCUGGUGUUCUCCGAGGGCGCCUUCUGGGCGCGGCAGCGCAAGAUGAUCACCCCCGCCUUCAGCCCCGCCUCCAUCAAGCACGCAGUGACGGUAAUGAACGACCAAGCACGCAGGGCAGUGCAGCAGUGGGUGCACGCAGUCACCCACGCCCGCGACAGCAACGGGAGCAGGAGCGACAGUGGCAGCGGCGUGUGUGAGAUUGACAUGUAUACCGCUUUCACCUCCCUCACUCUCGACAUCAUCGGCCUUGCUGCUUUUGGCAACACCGUCAGCAGCAGUGGGGCGGGCAUGGGUGGCGGUGAAGGUGAUGCCAAGGAGACGGAGGGGAAAAGGAGUGUGAAUGGAGGAGAGGAGGAGGGGAGGAGUGUGAGGGAGGUGUAUGAGGCGGUGGCUCUCCUGAGCACGGGAAGCACCAAGAGGAUGUUUUCAGGCCGCCUCUUCAUCCCCUUCUACACCUGGCUGCCCACGCGGGAGAACAAGGAGCUGCAGCGGGCAGCGGAGAAGGUCAGGCGCCUGUCUCUCGACCUCAUUGCCACGCGCAGACAGCAGCUGAAGAGCGAGCCGGGGAAGGACCUGCUGGCAGUGAUGCUGGCAGCGAGGGAUGACGUCAGCAACGAGCAGAUGACCGACCAGCAGCUGGUGGACGAGUGUGUCACGUUCCUCGUGGCCGGCCACGAGACAACAGCCAAGCUGCUGACGUGGGGCGUGUACCUGCUGGCGCGCUUCCCUGAGUGGCAGCAACGGCUGCGGGAGGAGGUGUGGCAGGUGAUGGGGGAGCAUGGCGAUGCAGGUGAAGGGGCCAAGGAAGGUGGAGAGGAAGGGGAGAAGGAGGAGGGGGCGCGGGGCAAGAAUGGAGGGGGCGGAGUGGAGGUGGCAUGGGAGCAAGUGGCGCAGCUGCGGCAGAUGCACAUGGUGCUGCUGGAGACGCUCAGGCUCUUCCCACCCACGCCUACCAUCACCAGGGAGGCCAGCAAGGACGUCUCCCUGGGCCCGUACAGCAUCCCUGCCGGCACGCGCAUCAUGAUGUCGCUCGCCAUGCCGCACAGCGACCCGCGCUACUGGGGGGAGGACGCGCUCCACUUCAACCCCGCUCGCUUCAAGGACGGCAUACAGGGAGCAUGUUCGCACCCACAGGCCUUUGUGCCAUUCUCAGCAGGCCCCCGGGACUGCAUUGGCUCCAACUUUGCUCUCACAGAGGCCAAGGUUGUACUUGCGCAUUUGCUCAGGCGCCUCCAAUGGGAGCUCUCGCCCACAUAUGUACACCUGCCCAGUGUGGGAAUCACGCUUACCCCUAAAUAUGGGAUGCCUCUACGUAUGAGGUUGGUGGAGUAG